AUGGUAGUUAACCUGAAGCAAGACUUCAUCCAGGGUAGGAUUGCCAAUAUUAAUGCCACCAUCAAAGACUUGAAGGAUGUUCUUUCAGAGCACGGCUGUGGCCUGAUCAUGACCGACAUCCGGGAGGGACAAACUUUCUAUUACGCCGAGGAUUACCACCAGCAGUACCUGAGCAAGAACCCCAACGGGUACUGCGGCCUUGGGGGCACUGGAGCGUCCUGUCUGCUGGUGACAUGUGGCCGAAACAUGAGGGACAAAUCUGAGAAGUCAGAAGCUUUGGGAAUCAUAGGUGGGGAACCUGCAGACAUUGUAGAUUUCCCAUGGCAUGUGAGUAUUCUUGACCAAGGGCGACAUCUCUGUGGAGGAUCGAUCCUCAGUGAGUGGUGGGUUCUAACUGCGUCCCAUUGCUUCAUAAACAAAAAUAAAUCUACCUUGGAGGUCAAACACGGUCAAGGAUUCUUUAACACCAAGAACUUGAGGAAGAUGCAAGUGGACAAGCUAAUUACUCACCCUUAUUUUGACAGCUGGCUCUUAGAUAAUGACAUCGCUCUGCUCUUGCUCAAAUCCCCACUCAACUUGAGUGCCAACGAAGCACCCAUCUGCCUUUCAGAGGUCACUGACAUACAGAGGUGGAGAAACUGCUGGGUGACUGGAUGGGACAUUGCUGGUGAGUUACUAUAACCUAACCCACUGCAUAAAGUCAACACUGACCUGGUCAAAUGGAACAUGUGCUCUGAAGUGAUGUCUAUGCUCACCAAGAACAUGCUGUGUGCUGGGAAUCCUCAAGGUGGGAAGGAUGCCUGCCAGGGUGACAGUGGGGGGCCUCUGGUUUGCCAGAAAAAACACAACAACAGCCUAUGGUACCAGCUGGGCAUUGUCAGCUGGGGAGUGGGCUGUGGCCAGGAGCAACUGCCUGGAGUGUACACGAAGGUGUCUAAUUAUCUGUUAUGGAUUAACACAGAGACCUCACUGUCAGGAAAGCCCUACAGGCACGCGCCAGACUCUGGGCACAGUCUGCUUCUAUCAUCCUGGGCCAUCUCGUUACUGUAUUUUGUGGUGCUUCUAUUAUGCCCAUGA